UCAACUCGAUUUUCUGCUUGUCAUUUUUAGACUUGUUCGAAGUUUCAAUUUCAGCGCUUCAUAAUGGAAAAAUCAAUCAACAAGGAUAAGUGCUCCAUUGGAGUUGAAGCUAAUUAUGAUGUCAAAGAUGCUAUGCUAUUUGGUGUAAAAAAGAAUCGAACUCUGGACAGCUUCACCCCAUGCCAUCCGCUUGAAGUUGCACUGCUAAAGCACUCCCAAAAAGAAGAAGAAAUAAAUAUGAGAAUGCUGAGGACUAUGCAAGGUAUGCAUGCUCCUAUUAGGCUUCACAUGGAAAAGCUAGCUGUGAAAGAUAUUGGACAUUUGCCAUGUCUUCACCGCCACAAUGCACUACUUGAUGCACUUACUGGCAAAGAUACAACAAUUGAAUUUGAAGAUUUUCUCAAUGUUCAAACUGACUCUGAAAUCAUGGGACAGCCCCACAUGAUGAUUGAAAGGCAACUUGGAAUUUUGUAGCUUUGUAUUCAGAAAACCAAUAAAUUCUUUCCAGUUGUUCUUCA